AUGGCAGACGAAAAGCGGGACGUGAGCCACCAAGGUGCGCUGGCAGCCCCGAAGGCCAGUCGCGCCCUGGGCUGUGGCCAGAGCCGCGCGGGCAAGAGGGAGGGGGUCCUGUCCCUCUGCUCUGCGCCAGGGAGACUCCAGCCGGAGUGCUGCGUCCAGCUCUGGAGCCCCCAACACAAGAAGGAUGUGGGCCUGUCGGAGCAGAACGCGGCUGAAUCUCCUGUUGCUGUGGAGAGCUUGGAUGAUGUACCUGAGCACGUGCUCCGGGGGCUUCCUGAGGACGUGAGGCUCUUCCCGUCCGCUGUGGACAAGACGCGGCUUGGUGUCUGGGCAACAAAAUCCAUUUUAAAAGGCAAGAAGUUUGGACCAUUUGUUGGUGACAAGAAAAAAAGAUCUCAAGUUAAGAGCAAUGUGUACAUGUGGGAGGUGUAUUACCCGAACCUGGGCUGGAUGUGUGUGGAUGCCACUGACCCGGAGAAGGGGAACUGGCUGCGGUACAUAAACUGGGCGCGUUCCGGAAAGGAGCAAAAUCUGUUUCCUUUGGAGAUCAACAGGACUAUAUACUACAAAAGUUUAAAG